AUGGCUUUGAAGGACACGGGCAGUGGCGGCAGCACCAUCCUGCCCAUUAGCGAGAUGGUCUCCUCGUCCAGCUCGCCGGGCGCGUCUGCGGCCGCCGCCCCGGGGACCUGUGUGCCCUCGCCCUUCCCCGAGGUGGUGGAGCUCAAUGUGGGAGGCCAGGUCUAUGUGACCAAGCACUCGACGUUGCUCAGCGUCCCGGACAGCACUCUGGCCAGUAUGUUCUCGCCCUCCAGCCCCCGGGGCGGCGCCCGACGCCGAGGAGAGCUGCCCAGGGACAGCCGGGCGCGCUUCUUCAUCGACCGGGACGGCUUCCUCUUCAGGUACGUGCUGGAUUAUCUGCGGGACAAGCAGCUCGCGCUGCCGGAGCACUUCCCGGAGAAGGAGCGGCUCCUGCGCGAGGCCGAGUACUUCCAGCUCACCGACCUGGUCAAGCUGUUGUCGCCCAAGGUCACCAAGCAGAACUCACUCAACGACGAGGGCUGCCAGAGCGACCUGGAAGACAACGUCUCCCAGGGCAGCAGCGACGCGCUGUUGCUGCGUGGGGCGGCCGCAGCCGCGCCCCCGGGCCCGGGAGCGCACGGCGGCGGCGGCGGCGGCGGCGGCGGCGGCGCGCCGGACAAACGCUCGGGCUUCCUCACGCUCGGCUACCGCGGCUCCUACACCACGGUGCGAGACAACCAGGCGGACGCCAAGUUCCGGCGUGUGGCGCGCAUCAUGGUGUGCGGGCGCAUCGCGCUGGCCAAGGAGGUCUUCGGGGACACGCUCAACGAGAGCCGCGACCCUGACCGGCCGCCCGAGAAGUACACGUCCCGCUUCUACCUCAAGUUCACCUACUUGGAGCAGGCGUUCGAUCGCCUGUCCGAGGCUGGCUUCCACAUGGUGGCGUGUAACUCCUCGGGCACCGCCGCCUACGUCAACCAGUACCGCGACGACAAGAUCUGGAGCAGCUACACCGAGUACAUCUUUUUCCGACCACCUCAGAAAAUAGUGUCACCUAAACAAGAACAUGAAGAUAGGAAACACGACAAAGUCACAGAUAAAGGAAGUGAAAGUGGGACUUCCUGUAAUGAGCUCUCCACUUCCAGCUGUGACAGCCACUCAGAGGCGAGCACUCCCCAGGACAACCCACCCAGUGCCCAGCAGGCAACAGCUCACCAACCCAACACCUUAACAUUGGAUCGUCCUUCCAAAAAAGCACCUGUGCAAUGGAUGCCCCCACCAGACAAACGCAGAAACAGUGAACUCUUUCAGACACUCAUCAGCAAGUCCCGGGAAACAAAUCUAUCCAAAAAGAAAGUCUGUGAGAAGCUAAGUGUGGAAGAAGAAAUGAAAAAGUGUAUUCAGGAUUUUAAAAAAAUCCACAUUCCAGAUUAUUUUCCAGAGCGCAAACGCCAGUGGCAGUCUGAACUGUUGCAGAAGUAUGGCUUAUAG